AAGCGAGGAGAAAUAGUGUAGAAUGAAAGCUAGCUAGUAUAUAUAUGUAAGUGUAUUUUGCUAAUUUUAUUGAAUUUAUGAUUUAUAUAUAUAUUAUACAUGUAAAUUUGCAUACAGAUGUCAUCAGGCGGUGACAGUGAUAGACAUCGCGAGCAUCUUGGAAUUAGCCAGACUAAACAGGCUAAAAAGAAGAAGUCUAGGAGUCCCAUAGAUCCUGAGGAUAUUGCAGGAUCUAUUUCUUCUGCGCCAGAGCGCAUCAACCAUGAUACUCAUAUACUUGCUGUUCCGUUUGGUACGGCGGAUCCUCGACAAUAUUAUCCUAAUUACCGUUGACCAGUAGAUGUUUCCUCUACUUCACAGGCAGUGCCUUCAGUACGCUACGAGGACCUACCUUUACAUGCUAUUCGUCGAGGACGACCCUUAUCGGCAGAUACUCCAUCUCCCACAGGUGCAUCUCCUCAGUUAUAUACCACGAGGAUUAGAGAUUCUGGUAGCGAGCAGUCAAAUGCUAUGGCCGGUACGCCUCCAUUGACGCGUUAUGUGCAUCCUGAUAUAUCACCCUCAUCUACAGCUACACCUAGUGCUACUCCAGAUGAGAUGCUUCCUCUAGUUCCUGGACAGAAGGACAAACUUGGUAGAGUCAUGAUUGAGCCGGAUGGAUCAUCGUGGCAUCCGGCAAAAGAUGCUGCUCGGGAUUUAAAAUAUUGUGUUAGGAGACUAUAUACACAGGCUUAUCACUCUUGGGGCGAGAUCCCAAACAAUAUACGCCAGACGAUGUUUAAUAACUUUAUGACUAUGUGUACUUGGGAGCCGAGGCAAAAUCAUGUCCUUUCGACCACAUUUGAGAGGAAGGAAUCCGCCAGACUGUCUGCCUGGCUAAAGAAAGUUUGGGAUAGUGUUGAACGUCCGGAUUGGAUGUUGCCGCAUGAUUUUUGA